AGGGUGCGCGGAAGCCCCGGGCCGCGCGUCCCGCCCGGGGCGCUGCCCCCGCCCUGCGCCGCCGGGAAUCGCAGUGCGGAAUCUGCCGACCCGAACCCGCCGCGCCGUGCUCGCGCCCGCGGGCCGGCGGAAAGAUGGCGUCGGUGUGGGAUGAGUCGGAGGACGGUGUCGGCGAGGAGGUGCUGAAGAUGUCCACGGAGGAGAUCGUGCAGCGCACCCGUCUCCUCGACAGCGAGAUCAAGAUCAUGAAGAGUGAGGUACUGAGAGUGACCCACGAGCUCCAGGCCAUGAAAGACAAGAUCAAAGAGAACAGUGAGAAGAUCAAAGUGAACAAAACCCUGCCAUACCUUGUCUCCAAUGUUAUUGAGCUGCUGGAUGUUGACCCAAAUGACCAGGAGGAGGAUGGAGCAAACAUUGACCUGGACUCCCAGAGGAAGGGCAAGUGUGCUGUGAUCAAGACCUCUACACGUCAGACAUAUUUCUUGCCUGUUAUUGGGUUGGUUGAUGCUGAGAAGUUGAAGCCUGGAGAUCUGGUGGGGGUGAACAAAGACUCUUACUUGAUCCUGGAGACUCUGCCUACUGAGUAUGAUUCACGGGUGAAAGCCAUGGAGGUGGAUGAGAGGCCCACAGAGCAGUACAGCGACAUCGGGGGGCUGGAUAAACAAAUCCAGGAGCUCGUGGAGGCCAUUGUCCUGCCAAUGAAUCACAAGGAGAAAUUUGAAAAUCUGGGUAUACAGCCACCUAAAGGGGUCCUUAUGUAUGGGCCUCCAGGAACAGGGAAGACGCUCUUAGCUCGAGCAUGUGCUGCCCAGACCAAGGCCACGUUCCUGAAGUUGGCGGGUCCACAGCUUGUGCAGAUGUUCAUUGGCGAUGGAGCAAAGCUGGUACGUGAUGCUUUUGCUCUUGCGAAGGAAAAAGCUCCUUCCAUCAUCUUUAUUGACGAACUGGAUGCCAUUGGCACUAAAAGGUUUGACAGUGAGAAGGCUGGUGACCGGGAGGUGCAGAGGACUAUGCUGGAGCUGCUUAAUCAACUUGAUGGUUUCCAGCCCAACACACAAGUCAAGGUGAUUGCUGCAACCAACCGGGUUGAUAUCUUGGACCCAGCUUUGCUCCGCUCUGGACGGUUAGAUCGGAAGAUUGAGUUCCCAAUGCCUAAUGAAGAGGCCAGAGCUAGAAUUAUGCAGAUUCAUUCACGCAAAAUGAAUGUCAGCCCUGACGUGAACUAUGAGGAACUGGCUCGCUGCACAGAUGAUUUCAAUGGAGCCCAAUGCAAGGCUGUGUGUGUUGAAGCGGGGAUGAUUGCCCUCCGCCGUGGAGCUACAGAGCUCACCCACGAGGAUUACAUGGAAGGAAUCUUGGAAGUUCAAGCAAAGAAGAAAGCCAAUCUGCAGUACUAUGCCUGAUCCCUGCCCAGUCAAGGUUGCGGCCUUGGCAGAGGACAGGAGUAGACUGGACUGUAUUGCUUACUUUCUGUGUGGAAAAAAUAAAGCAUUUUUUCCCUUUAAAAACAAAUCCGUGAUGUGUUGGGGC